AUGGCCACCUCGGUCACCUCCGUGGCCGCCCUAGCCGCUUUCUCGGCACCAAGAAACCUCCCACGGCGCCCGCCCCAGCUGUCGUCCCGCCAGAACGUCGUGUCGUUCUUCGUUCGGCCGGUGCGCACGCACCGCCGGUUGGUGUCCGUGGCGGCCAGCUCACCGGCCACGCCGCUGUAUCUUCAGCCUGUUCGUUUGGCUGUGGUUUGUCGUAAACGAUCGUAAAAUUUCAACCGAAAUAUUAUUUUUCUCUCACACAAACCAGUCAGCAGUACUUCUUUACGAACCAGCAACGAAACGAUACAGCCAAACGAACAGGCUGCUUGCCAACCAGGCGUCCGAGAGCAUCAAGCAAAGGAGACGUGCGCGGAUGACCCGGUGAGCGCCGAGUGCGUGGCGGCGUGGGACGAGGUGGAGGAGCUCAGCGCGACCGCCAGCCACGCGCGCGACCGGCAGAAGGGCGUCGACCCGCUCGAGGAGUACUGCAAGGACAACCCCGAGACCGACGAGUGCCGCACGUACGAGGACUGA